AUGUCUUCUUUCAUCGAUUUGUUUAUUAGAAGAAGAUCCCGUAGUUCGAGAGAUUCAACGAAUUUGGCUCAAGUUGAUAAAAAUAAACUUCACUGUAAAGUUCUUCUUCUCGAUGGCACCUUCUUUGAAACAUUUCUGCCGAAAAAUUGCCAUGGAUCUUUAUUAUACGAGAAAGUGUUUUUCUACCUUGAUUUGAUUGAAGUUGAUUAUUUUGGAUUGCAAUACUUGGAUGCAUACAAUGUCAAGCAAUGGCUUGAUUCAACAAAGAAAAUUAAAAAGCAGUUACAUCCAAAAGAUAAAAUUUAUUGCUUCAAAUUUCAAGUCAAAUUUUAUACAAGCGAGCCUAGCAAUUUACAUGAAGAACUUACAAGGUAUCAGUUCUUCUUACAGCUGAAGCAAGACAUAUUGGAGGGCAGAUUAGAAUGUUCAUAUGAAACCUCUGUCGAACUUGCUGCAUUAGCACUUCAGUCUGAGGUUGGAGAUUUCGACAGCAAAGUUCAUGAUAUAAGCUUUGUGUCAGAAUUUCGAUUUGUGGAUAAUCAAAGUGAAGAAUUUGAAAAAGAUGUCAUUGAAAAGUUUAAGACAUACAAGGGACAAACACCGGCACAGGCUGAACUAGGUUACUUAAACAAAGCAAAAUGGUUAGAACUAUACGGAGUUGAUAUGCAUUCUGUCAUGGGUAGAGACGAUAAUGAAUACAUGCUUGGACUUACACCGACUGGAAUUCUUAUUUUUGAAAAAGUAGAAAAGAUAGGACUAUUUUUUUGGCCAAAAAUAACGAAACUUCAAUUCAAAAAAACAAAAUUAAAGCUUGUCGUACUGGAAGACAAUGAUCAAGGUAGGGAGCAAGAACAUACGUUUUUAUUCCGAAUGAAAAACGACAAAGCUUGCAAACAUCUAUGGAAAUGUGCAGUUGAACACCACACAUUCUUUAGGCUGAGAACUUCAAGAAAAGAUACCAACCAGAAACAGAUGUUUUUGAGAAUUGGGUCUAGAUUCAGAUACAGUGGUCGAACUGAAUUUCAAUCUGCUACUAUGAGUAAAGCUCGAAGAAGUGUUAAAUUUGAAAGGAAACCUAGUCAGAAAUUUUCAAAACGAUAUGAAACUGAUGCAUCAGCUAUUAACAAGUAA